AUGAGCGCCCUUCUUACAAGCCUCGGCCUAAGCGGUGCAUCCGCCACAAAUAUCCCAAACUACGCCCCCGCGUUCGUAGGCUUCCAUUUCCUCUUCGCCUACGGCGUCCUGUCCUCACGCACCCUGAAACAAUGGUACGGCAUCGAUCACAACGUUUCGCCACGCGAAGACCUCGCGAAAUACGGCGAAGCUGCCGUGCGCGAGGGAAAGAUUACUCGCAGGCAGCUUGAUAUGCUGAAGCGUAAUGAGUCGGCUCAUGCGAACUCGGUUGAGAAUUUCCCUCUUUUGGUUGCGAGUUUGCUUUUUGCGAGCCAUGCUGGUGUUUCUGCAAGCACGAUUAAUGUGGCUGGGUUGUCUUAUACCGUGGCGAGGGUUUGUUACGGUGUGGUUUACAUUCUCGUUGACCAUCCGACGUGGAGUCAGGUUCGGGGGUUGACUUGGUGGUGGGGGAAUUUGAGUUGUUUGGUUUUGUUGUGGAAGGCUGGGAAAUUACUUGCUGCUUAA